GAGGGAGGGGGCGCGGUGGCUCUGGAGUCCAGCGCUCCCUCAGGCCGUGGACGUGAUGCUGGCUGCUGUGGGUCGGGCGGCUGGGCCAGCGGGGAUGUGACGGGCGGCCCCUCGCCUCACCUGCCGUCCUUUGGCCUGUAGGUCGCUGGGCGACCCACAGCCGGGCCGCGGCUGAGGAGGCAGCGCGACCUCCGUACGGUAAAUACUUGGAUAGUGAAGUCAAGACUUUGUAUCUGCCCUGAUAUAACAUGGAUUUUGUCAAAUUUUAAGAACAAAUGCACCAUAUAGCUCAUGGAAGAAAAAACACAAAUCAAGACUUUUUUGGGUUCCAAGUUGCCAAAGUAUGGAACAAAACCUGUAAGAAGUACACUGCAGCCAAUGCCAAAUGGAAAGCCUGUUAAUUUAUUGGGAACUUCCGAGAGUAGCAAUGCCAAAAGUUACAUCAAAAAUAAUGGCUCUGAUUGUUCAUUGUCCCAUUCAUUUAAUUGGAGAACGGCAAAUAAAUACCAGUUUAGUGCACAAAGUCCUGAAGAGCCUAACGGUACUCAGAGUUCACAUGAUAAAGAAAUUGAUCCUGAAAAACAUGCACCUGCUCAAGGAAUGUUUGAUAAAAAUGGGAUGAAGGGAGGUUUGAAAAGUAUUUCUUUACUCACAUCAAAGUUAGCAAAGACAUCUACUACGUUUGUGUCAUCUGCAGAAGAGUUAAACCAAAAGUCUUUGUCUGGACCGUCUAAUUUGGGUAAAUUCACCAAAGGCACAUUAUUAGGAAGGACUUCAUAUGCUUCAGUCAGUGCUCCAAAGUCGCAGUUGAAUGGAUUUUAUGGAAACCGAUCAGCUGGUAGCAUCCAAAGGCCUAGAGCAAACUCCUGUGCCACCAGAAGCAGUUCUGGAGAAAGCUUAGCACAAUCCCUAGAUAAUAUGAAAUCUCUUGCUUGUGAAAAAAUGGUUAGGUCACAGAGUUUUUCACAUUCCAUUCAGAAUUCAUUCCUUCCACCUUCAUCUAUAACCAGAUCACAUUCCUUCAAUAGAGCUGCAGAUCUUACAAAGCCUUAUCAGAAUCAACAGCUACCCAUUAGAGUGCCUCUGAGGUCAAGUAUGCUAGCAAGAAAUUCUCGGCAGUCAGAAGUACUCAAUGGGAAUGAACAUUUAAGGUAUGGAUUUAAUAGGCCUUAUGCUGCUGGUGGAAAGAAGUUGGCUUUACCAAAUGGCCCGGGUGUAACUUCCACUUUGGGUUAUAGGAUGGUUCAUCCCUCUCUACUGAAAUCUGGCCGAUCUCCAUUUUCUGGGACUAUCACAGUUGAUGGUAAUAAAAAUUCACCGGCUGACACAUGUAUAGAGGAAGAUGCUGCACUUGUGGCUAAGGACAGAGCUAAGGAUAAGGACCAAGAACUAAUUGAAAAUGAUAGUUAUAUAACAGAAAAUGACCAGACCAUGAAACAUGAUACUAAAAUUAGAUACCUGGGUGAUGAUGUGGAUGACAUUUCAUUGUCUUCUCUGUCAUCUUCUGAUAAGAAUGAUUUAAGUGAAGACUUCAGUGAUGAUUUUAUAGAUAUAGAAGAUUCCAACAGAACUAGAGUAACUCCAGAGGAAAUUUCUCUCAAAGAAGAAAAGUGUGAAAAUGAACCACCAAAGGAUAUAUUUGACUCCCCCAAGGAAAAUGAAAAAUCCUUCAGUAAAACUGAUGAGUGGAUAGAUAUAAGUGUCUCUGACAGGAGUGAAUGUUCAAAACAUGCUUCUGGAAACAACUUGAUUUCACCAGAUACAGAUUACAGAGCUGGUUCUUCAUUUGAACUCUCUCCAUCUGAUAGCUCUGAUGGAACGUACAUGUGGGAUGAAGAGGGCUUGGAGCCCAUUGGAAAUGUCCACCCAGUUGGGAGCUAUGAGUCCUCUGAGAUGAACAGCAUAGAUAUUCUGAAUAAUCUUGAAUCAUGUGACCUUGAGGAUGAUGACCUUAUGCUUGAUGUGGAUCUGCCUGAGGAUGCACCUCUUGAGAAUGUGGAGUGUGACAAUAUGAACCGCUUUGACCGAUCAGACAGAAAUGUUCGGCAGUCUCAAGAAGGAUUUUGGAAAAGGCCACCCCAGAGGUGGAGUGGACAGGAGCAUUACCACCUUAGCCAUCCUGACCACUAUCAUCACUAUGGAAAAAGUGACUUGAGCAGAGGCUCUCCCUAUAGAGAAUCUCCUUUGGGCCAUUUUGAAAGCUAUGGAGGGACCCCCUUUUUCCAGGCUCAGAAGAUGUUUGUAGAUGUACCAGAAAAUACAGUGAUACUGGAUGAGAUGACCCUCCGGCACAUGGUUCAGGAUUGCACCGCUGUAAAAACUCAGUUACUCAAACUGAAACGGCUGCUGCAUCAGCAUGAUGAAAGUGGUUCAUUGCAUGAUGUUCAACUCUCCUUGUCAUCUAGUCCAGAACCAGAAGAUGGUGAUCAAAUAUACAAGAAUGAAGAUUUAUUAAAUGAAAUAAAACAACUUAAAGAUGAAAUAAAGAAAAAAGAUGAAAAAAUCCAACUAUUAGAACAUCAGCUUGCAACUCGGUGUAACUGCCAUCAAAAAUCUAAAGAGGAAAAACGCACAUACGCUGAUAAAUAUACCCAAACACCCUGGAGAAGAAUUCCUCCUCAAGUACUACAGCCUUCCAGCAGCCUUCCCAGACCCACAGACCACGCCCAGGGAAAACUAGCAAAGCCACAACAUACCGAGGCCCACAGUGAGUGCAUAAUCCAGGGCAUACAUCAGGCUGUUGCACCUCUGGAUGAAAGCUUUACACACGGCUUGCAACAAGAAAGCAGCAGUGGUCUGGGAGACCGGCCUUUUUCAUCAAGCCCACAAUUCACUAAGGAUGUGGUGAAGAGUACACCUUCUGAAGCAGACUUGAACAUGACCAUAAAUGCUCAAGAGCCUUAUCAUUUGGCAAAUAAUCAAAUUAGUGACAUGCAAUUUGUAACCACUUCUCUUCAGACACUUCCCCAGUCAAGUAUAGUAGACCAGGUUAAGAGAGCUGGAAGAAAUCAGUCUUCACCAGAGGGCUACACAUCUCAGCCCAAGUCCUCGAAGCUUUUUAAGCCAUCCAUCUUGAAUUCUGUGGUACCUCCUCCAGUUCCUGAAACGUGUCCAAGUGGGAAUCCCACUUGUAAGAAGUCACCAAUAAUCACACCAUGUAAUUCUGCAAAACUCCAGCCAACAUCUAGUCAAACAAAUCUUGCAAAUAAUCCAAAUCCAAAAGCAUCUAAGCUCCACCCCCCUGCUGGCUCUUUCAAACAAAAACAAAUAAGCAGCCCCCGACUAGAGCCUCAAAACUUCCAGGCCAAGACAAGCAUCCCAAGGCCACUAACAAGAAGAAAAGAAAUCAUGCAGAAUCCUAAUGACAAUUUGAAUUCUGGGGAUUGUUUGGCCUCUAAUCAAUAUUCUCGUCUUCCUAAACCAAAGAUACAUUAAGCAUAGCCAUCACCUGCCAAUUUGUUUUUUUAAAAAACAGUCUGUAAUAGCUUUAUGUGCAGUUUGCUACUGUGAUGGAGGUUCCAUUGAAAGCUUGCAAAUCUAAAAAUUAAAAUGUGGAAGCUUCUA